AUGCGAUUGUCACCACUACCACCACCAUCAUCAUCAUCAUCAACAACACCAGAAAGUGAUCAUGCUGGCGUUUCAAAUUUAUCUAAUCAAAUAGAAUCACUUAGACGUAAAUUGACUCCAAUCAUUGGGAACACAGUAUCCUCUGAUCAAAGUACAAACGUGAGUGGAAAACAACCGAAACCAACACCUACUAGUUUAGGUAGUUCUUCAUCAACACGUAAAGGUUUUAUUGAUUUACCUAUUUCAUCAGCACAACCAACUGUAGAUCUUACCAGUGAACUUACACGAGCUAAAUAUCAAGAGGUGCUUCAAAAUUCUGGUUUAUUUCAUAUUGAUGGAGAGGACAAAUUUAUCGAACAAAAAGAUUUUGUAAAAGAAUAUUUACUUGGUUCUGGUUCAUGUGGUUCAGUAUUCAAAAUGGAACAUAAACCAAGUAAAAUGAUAUUAGCUGUUAAAGUUAUGCCUCGAACAGCAUCAAAUGAAGAAAAUAAACGAAUUAUUAUGGAUUUAGAUGUUCUUGUAAAAAGUUAUAAUUUUCCAUAUAUUGUUUGUUGUCUUGGUUAUUUCAUUAGACAAACAGAAGUUUGGAUAUGCAUGGAAUUAAUGGCAUCUUGUUUUGAUAAACUUCUUAGACUAAUUCGACAACCUAUACCUGAAUCUAUUCUUGGAAAAUUAACAUUUUCGACAGUUACUGCAUUGAGUUAUUUAAAAGAAAAACAUGGUAUUAUACAUCGAGAUGUUAAACCAUCGAAUAUAUUAAUUGAUGAAAAUGGAAAUAUUAAAUUAUGUGAUUUUGGUAUUAGUGGUGUACUUAUUGACUCAAGGGCUAAAUCAAGAAAUGCUGGCUGUGCUGCAUAUAUGUCACCAGAACGUAUUAAUCCAUCGAAUCCAGAAAAACCUGAUUAUGAUAUACGAGCUGAUAUUUGGAGUUUAGGAAUUUCACUUAUUGAACUUGCUACUAACACACAUCCAUAUUCAAAUUGUGAAAAUGAUUUUAGUGUUAUGGCACGUAUUGUUACAGAAGAUGCUCCUCAAUUACCUUCUCAUCUUUCAUUUUCUGAUAAUUUUCGAUCUUUUGUUAAUAAAUGUUUAAUUAAAGAUUAUCAACAAAGACCAAAAUAUGGUGCAUUAGUACUUCAUCCAUUUUUUAUUCACUCAAAAGAACAGUCUGUUGAUGUUGCUGGAUGGUAUCGGGCUGUUACAAGUGCUGCAAUUGGAAAACAACAGUAA